AUGGUAAAGUGUAUCGACCCCCAGGGCGAUGUGGUUAUCAACACAUCCGCCGAAGGCUUUUCCCUCCUCGUUUCCUCCAAAAUCCUCUCCGUCGCCUCGCCCGUCUUCGCCGCCAUGUUCUCCCCGCACUUCCGCGAGGGCAACUCGCUAGCUACAGCUUCCGCUCCAAUCACAAUUGACUUAUUGGAAGACGCACCGGCGGCUCUGGAGAACAUCUGCAACGUGCUGCACUACAAACAUGACCUCGUCACGGUGCAGAUGCGCUUCCAUGAUCUACUCGAAAUCGCGGUCGUCGCGGAUAAGUACGACCUGGCUAAGUCAUUAGGACCAUGGCGAGAUAAAUGGCUGAAUAGAGUUAUAUUACCAGACUGUGGCUCAUGUGACGGGGGAGGCUGGCAACGGGAGAUAUUCAUGAUGUAUGUGUUUGGACAGGCAUCUGAAUUCAAAUCGUAUACGUCGAUGGCGAUUACAUGGACGGAGCCCUGUGAGGAGGAGGGGGCAAUGUUUGAACCGCUUCCGGAUAGCAUCAUGGCCGCAGCCCACGCCGUCCGCCUCGCCGCCAUAGACAAGAUUCUCGCCGUCGCCGAGACUGCCCGCCUCCAAUAUUACUCUCCUGGAAGGAAGUGUAGGAGGUCGCAAGGCUGCGACGCUACCCUUCUGGGCUCUAUCAUUCACUGCUACUCAAAAAUCGGCAUAUUCCCGCUACCGCAACGCCCAUAUGAGAUAUUUUGUGUUGGAGGUUUAUCACAAAGCUUGGAACGGAUCCGGGGAUCACUUACCGGACAUGAGGAGUGUGUGACUUCGUGGUUUAAUGAGAUGAUUAGUGAAGUGACCAAAGUGAUGGAGCCGGAUGGAGUGCCGGGUCUAGAAUUAGAGGCGUUCAUGAAAUCGAAGUAA